AUGUUGGAGUUUCUUUAUAGACGAGAAAAUGUAGAACUGCGGAUUCUAACGUCGAGAAUCACUGAGGCCCUAAGCCGCGAGCGCCGGAGUUCGAUAGUCAAUAAUAGAAAAACGCAAAGACAGAUAGAGUCCCUGACAGUCAGGGCGGAGGGGAAGAGCUAUAUGGAGGUAUUGAGAAGCAUCAAAGAAUCGGUCGAUGUGGACAAGCUGGGUUUGAAAAUCUCGUCUAUCAGAAAGGUGGGAGAAAACUCUCUCCGCCUAAACAUUGAAGGAGGCGGUGACAAGGCAAACUCACUAAAACGGGAGAUCCAAAACUCGGUAAAUAACACCAAAGUUAGAGUGAGGAACAACGACCAGGACUUUUUCAUCCUAGACAUUGAUGGAACCACCGGCGAAGCUGAGAUUGUGUCGAUGAUUCAAGGGGAGCUCGGACUUGAUCCGGGAUCCUUCACUAUAAAAGCACUGAACCCCAAUAGGGCGGGAAACCAGACGGCGAUAGUGGCGGUAAGGGAGGAACAUGCUCGCAAAUUCCAGGAAGCUAAAAGAAUAAGAAUUGGAUGGGUCGCGUGCCGUAUUAAAAGUAAGAUUCAACUUAUACGUUGCUACAGAUGCCUGGAAUUCGGGCACCGGACAACAGAAUGCAAAGGAGCAGAUCGCAGCAAGAAUUGCAUGAACUGCUGCUCGGCGGGUCACCAAGCCAGAGAGUGCCAGCAAGAGCCCUACUGCCUCAGCUGCGACAUAACAGGACACAGAAUGGACCAAACAAAAUGCCAAAAAUACAGGAGACUUUUGGAAGAAAGCAGGAGAAACACGAAGGACGCCCCGAGAAACACAAAUGACAGAUAA